AUGUGCGGAGAAUCCCUGCAGAUAGAAGUGACAUUCUCCGAGGUGGAAGGAGCUUCCUCGGAGCAAGAGGAGAGAGGGCAGGGGCAGGAAAAUAUCCACGAUGCCCUCUCCUGUGGUAAAGGCUCUUUGUGCCUGGAUACGAUUGGGUGUCCGUUUUCCUUUGAGGACGUGGCCGUGUCUUUCACCGUGGCAGAGUGGGCCCUGCUGGAUCCGGACCAGAGAGCUCUCUACCGGGAAGUCAUGCUGGAGAACUACAGGAGUGUGGCCUCGCUGGCAGAGGACGAUCAGAGGAAUGAGGAGGGCGAGGAACUUCAGCUGCAAUUGCCAGAUAACGUUAAUAAUGAAGACUUGAAAGGAAGCAUCUGGAAUCGAGGCAGCCCUAAGAGAAAUAAAAAACCGUUUGAAUGUUCAGAGUGUGGAAAGAGAUUCAGUCACAAGGGCAGUCUUCAGUAUCAUCAAAGAACCCACACAGGGGAGAAACCUUUUGAAUGUUCAGAGUGUGGAAGGAGAUUCAGUCGGAAUAGCAAUCUUCAAGGGCAUAAAAUAAUGCACAUAAGGGAGAAACCUUUUGAAUGCUCAGAGUGUGGAAAGACAUUCAGUGCGCGUAGCCACCUACAAGUGCAUAAAAGAAACCACACAGGGGAGAAACCAUUCGAAUGCUCAGAGUGUGAAAAGAGAUUCAGCACACAUAGCCAUCUUCAAUAUCAUCAAAGAACCCACACAGGGGAGAAACCUUUUGAAUGCUCAGAGUGUGGAAAGACAUUCAGUGCGCGUAGCCACCUACAAGUGCAUAAAAGAAACCACACAGGGGAGAAACCAUUCGAAUGCUCAGAGUGUGAAAAGAGAUUCAGCACACAUAGCCAUCUUCAAUAUCAUCAAAGAACCCACACAGGGGACAAACCUUUUGAAUGUUCAGAGUGUGGAAGGAGAUUUAGUCAGAGUAGCCAUCUUCAAGAACAUAAAAGAAGCCACACGGGGGAGAAACCUUUUGAGUGUUCAGAGUGUGGAAAGAGAUUCAGUACCAAUCACUAUCUUCAAUAUCAUCAAAGAACUCACACAGGGGAGAAACCGUUUGAAUGUUCAGAGUGUGGAAAGAGAUUCAGUCAUAAGGGCAAUCUUCAAUAUCAUCGAAGAACCCACACAGGGGAGAAACCAUUUGAAUGCUCAGAGUGUGGAAAGAGAUUCAGUGGGAGUGGCACUCUUCACAAUCAUCAAAGAACCCACACAGGGGAGAAACCUUUUGAAUGUUCAGAGUGUGGAAGGAGGUUCAGUCGGAACAGCAAUCUUCAAGAGCAUAAAAUAACCCACAUAAGGGAGAAACCUUUUGAAUGCUCAGAGUGUGGAAAGAGAUUCAGUACUAGUCGCUAUGUUCGACUUCACCAAAGAACCCACACAGGGGACAUGGGCCGACAAUCCCUGAAGAUAGAAACGACGUUCCCCGAGGCAGAAGGAGCUUCCUUGGAGCAAGAGCAGAGAGCGCGGGCGCAGGAACAUACCCACGAUACCCUCUCCUUUG